AUGGAAACAAUUCUCAAACAGCUCAUACGGGCCGGCACACCGAAUCCAGCAAAUUGGGAAGAAUGGAUUUGGAAUUUUGACGGCCUUCUUACCCGUGCUGAGUACGAUACAAUCCUCUUUGCCAAGGAUCCAAGCACCAAAGCACGCAUCCCACGACCUGGCUAUGCAGAUCCAACAAAGCCAACGCCAGAAGAAAUCUCUGCACAGAAAACCUAUGAUAAUGCAAAUCGUCAGGUGGCCACAUGGUUACGCACUGCAGCCGGCAAGGAACACCGACAUAUCCUCGAAAAGACACCUUCUGAUGGUGUGGCAAUUUACGAUGCGCUUUUCGAGCUCUAUGCCAAAAAGGAUGGAAGCAUGCGCUUCAGAGCGUGGAAUGAACUGCUUUCAAUCCGCAAGCAAUCAACAGAGUCAUGGGCAGACCUGGUCAAACGUGUGGAUGAUGCCACCCAUGCACUUGACCGUCUCCGCCCAGCCGAUUGGAACAUACAGAAGGAGACAGAGGAACUCAAGGCAUUUACACUACUCAAUGCCAUCCCCACUGAGCAUCAGCUGCGCACCAGCAUUGUCGUUUCCAACACAAUCAAUUACGACAAAAUCAAAACAGCAAUGCUCCUAUUCAACACAACGACACCAGAAUCGCAGGACAUAGCACCCGAGGUUGCUGCCGCCGUUACCACACCAACAAAAUGCCUCUUUUGCCUAAACAUCGGCCAUUUUGUCAAAGAUUGCCGCACAAUGGUCCGCUUCCAGCAGAUGUACCUGAACGAGCGCGCCGAGCGACGAGCCGGUACCUCCGGAACCCAGCCACACCGAGCACGUGGACGCAGUGAUCGGAGCUCUGCUCCAGGACGGUCACACCAGGCACAUGCUGCACAAGCAAUCGAUAAGCCUACAGAGGUCGAAUAUGCCGGAAAUGCAAGUUUGUCCCAAUUACCCGUACCUACAGCAGCUGACAGCUGGAUUGCUGAUUCAGGAGCCUCCUGCCAUAUGACACAUCGUCGCGAGUGGCUCACUAGCUUCUCGGAGUGCAGGACUCCUGUGAAGCUAGCUGAUGGAUCAAUCACUUUUGGUACGGGUAGGGGAAUGGUCACGUUUAGGCCACUGCUAGAUGGAAAACUCGACAGUUCCAUAAUUCUCAAAGAUGUCCUCUUCGUUCCCAAUCUGAAAAACAACCUCUUUUCCAUAUUCAUGAUGACUCUCUCCCCAUCAAUCACUGCGACUAUCAAUUCCAACACGCUCUGCUUCUACAAAGAAAAGAAUGCGAUUCUCAUUGCUACUAAGCGUGCUCACAAUGUCCCACUACUCGAAGGCCGCACAGACGAACCAGGGACAGUACCUGAGUCGGUUUCCCAUGCCAUAACAACCACGCCAGUGUCAAUUGAGACAUGGCACCGGCGUUUCUGCCAUCGGAGCUAUGCCACAAUCGACAAGAUGCUCUCAACUAGUGUUGUCAAAGAUUUUGCCACCACUGGCAAGACAAUAACCCCAGCUCUUUGCGUACCCUGUGUAGAGGGCAAGCAGACUCGUGCACCACAUACAGUGCCUGCAAAACGAUCAGAAUCUGUCCUGGACGCAUCUCUCAGACGUCCAUGGGCCAGUGCCAACUCAGAGCCGGAAGGGACAUCGGUAUUGGGUUACAUUCAUUGA